UUCGUAGUCAGCCAAUGAUUAUCUUGGUACUUGUUCAGAAUCAUAUUUGCAACAGCCUGAGAUGCUCAGAUACCAAUCAUCAACUGACCUAUAAACUUGGCUUCGCACCAGUGUUUGGAUCACUGCAACCAAGCUCGAGUCAUUCUUGACUAAACCUGACAUGAGAAUACUGUCCAAUGUGCGACAUUCUUGGAAUCAUAUCCGUCACUUCUCUUCUCGCAUACCACAGCCUCACUUCAAGAUGGAUUCUAAACUCGCGUCGAUCAUUGAGCAGGUCAAAGUAGACAUCAUCACUCCUACUCAACAGCGUGACAAUGCGAGACAACUGGAAGAAGUUUCUAGGAAUUUUAUAUGUGAAAAUGGACAUCGUUCAGUGCCCACGAAGGAGAUGUUCACAUACGCUGUACAGACUUCACUCGGUGACGACGUCUACAACGAGCCAUCUACGAUUGCCCUUGAGUCACACAUUGCUAAGCUCACAGGGAAGGAAGCUGCUCUCUUUGUAAGCAGUGGGACCAUGGGUAACCAACUUGCUAUCCGCACGCAUCUCCAGCAGCCUCCCAAUUCCAUCAUUUGUGAUGUUCGGGCGCAUAUCAAUAAGUACGAGGCUGGUGGCGCGGCAAUCCACUCAGGUGCUCUCCAGAACGCUUUGACACCUAAAAAUGGACACCAUUUGACUCUGAAGGAUAUUGAACCUCAUGUAGUGUUCGGCACUGACGUACACAGCGCACCAACGCGAAUCAUUUGCCUGGAAAAUACGCUGAAUGGCACGAUCAUGCCGCAAAACGACAUAAUUGAGAUCGCUGAUUUUGCCCUCAAGAAUGGCAUACUGAUGCAUCUUGAUGGUGCACGUUUGUGGCAUGUCGCCGCUGAAACUCAGACACCGAUUGAUGAACUCUGCGCACCAUUUGACUCAGUCAGUUUGUGCUUCAGUAAGGGUCUCGAUUUUUGGCGGGGGAUGCGCCAGACUGGCGUUCUUGCUGGGUCGGUCGCUUAUGCACUUACCCAUAAUUUCCCCCUCCUUCCUAGGGUUCAUGCUCUGGCAAAACGCCUACAAACUGGUUUAGAAGAGCUUCAGGUUGGCAUAUUGAGUCCUGCAGAGACUUGCAUGGUUUUUUAUGAUCCCUCCACAAUCGGUGUCGAGUACUGGGAAAUCAUAGAUCAUGCAGCUGCAUUACCGAACCCCAUUAGUCUCACCGGCUCUCGUAUGGUGGUACAUAUCCAAACAUCACCUGAGGCAGUGGACGAUUUCUUGUCAUUGAUCAGAAUGCUGAAGGAGAAGAAGGUCCGGGCAGGCAUUGUUCCCUCACCAGUGGAUUCAGAUGGGAUGAGGAAUGUGUAUGUCAGGGCCAUGAGGCCCUCCACACCCACUAGAUAAUUCAACACAUUAAAUUUAAUGUCUGCUGUCCUCAACAAUCACCAGUAUAGUAGCAUCUUUGAAUACUAUGUCAUUGCAA